UGGCUUCCGUUGCGCCGGGGUCCCGUAGGCAUUAUGGGAUAAGGGCGGAAUUGUAGCGGUUUCCGGAUUCCCUGGAUUGGCCUGCUGGGAAAGAAAACAAGGGAGGUGGAAAAGUGGGAAAAAACUCCUGGUUUUUGAGUUUUAUCACGCGUUUGUAACAGUUGUUAGGCAGAAACAUCAUGUCGCAGUCUGGAGAAAAAGGAAAGUUCCCUGAUGCUGCGGGAUAUGUCGGAUUUGCCAACCUGCCCAAUCAGGUGCACAGGAAGUCAGUGAAAAAAGGCUUUGAGUUUACACUGAUGGUUGUAGGGGAGUCUGGUCUUGGCAAAUCCACCCUGAUCAAUAGCCUCUUCCUGACUGACCUCUACCCGGAGCGCUACAUACCUGGAGCUGCAGAGAAGAUCGAGCGCACUGUCCAAAUUGAAGCGUCCACAGUGGAAAUCGAGGAGAGGGGAGUGAAGCUCCGCCUCACUGUGGUGGACACGCCCGGAUACGGAGACGCCAUCAACAGCCAGGACUGCUUUAAGACGAUCAUCCAAUAUAUUGAUAAUCAGUUCGAGAGAUACCUGCAUGACGAGAGCGGCCUGAACCGCAGACACAUCGUUGACAACAGAGUUCACUGCUGCUUUUACUUCAUCUCUCCGUUUGGACAUGGCCUGAAGCCUCUGGAUGUUGAGUUUAUGAAGGCAAUCCACAGCAAAGUCAACAUCGUUCCUGUGAUCGCCAAAGCCGACACGCUCACGCUAAAAGAGAGAGACCGUCUCAAAAGAAGGAUUUUGGAUGAGAUCAGUGAGCACGGGAUCCGAAUCUACCAGCUUCCUGACGCUGAUUCGGACGAGGACGAAGAGUUCAAGGAACAGACGCGUGUCCUAAAGGCCAGCAUCCCGUUCGCCGUGAUCGGCUCCAACCAGCUGAUAGAGGUGAAGGGGAAGAAGAUCCGCGGACGCUUGUACCCAUGGGGGGUGGUGGAGGUGGAAAACCCUGAACACAACGACUUCCUUAAACUGCGCACUAUGCUAGUAACUCAUAUGCAGGACCUGCAGGAAGUCACUCAAGAUCUCCACUAUGAGAACUUCCGUUCGGAGAGACUAAAGCGAGCUGGCAGGGCGGCUGAUGAAGAUGUGCUGGACAAAGACCAGAUCCUCAUGGAGAAAGAAGCUGAGCUGAGACGCAUGCAGCAGAUGAUUGCUCAGAUGCAAGCUCAGAUGAAGAUGAAACCGGGAGACGACUAAGAGUGUGUUUGUCCGUCUGUUUGUGUGUUUGUGUGUUAUGGGAACAGGAAGUGUCAUCUGACUGGAGGUUAUAUUAUCUUACCCAUUUCUAAACACUAUUUGCUUAUUGAAUCCCUCAUGUUUAUCAGAUUAAUGGAACAUAAUGUUAAUGUCGUCUAAUUCAUGUAACCACAUGACUAUCGCAGCUCCGCCCAAACGAAUAACCUCAACACUGAAACAAACGGUCCGUUAGCAUGUCAUUUAAUCAAUAAGGUUAAUAAUUUAUAUCGCCUGUAGUCAAUCAUGGUUUCCAUGGACAAUGUUCAGCAUAUGUUCAUCUGUAGAUUGAUCAGCAUUUGUGGUUUUUCUGUGCCAAACACUCUUUUUAAGCUGCUUGGCUUUUACCAGGCUGGCCUAUGUUUACCAGAUCUCCUUGUCAGUACUUUAUAAAGCGUAUAUAUAUAUAUUGCUUUGACUGCAGAUACAUGGGAUAAAAUAAGAGGACGAUGCACUGGUAGAUGCACCUGGUCAAGUUUACAGUUUUAUAAAAUGCACCUGUUCAUAAUCAUCAUGCAUUUCACAAACAUGAAUUAAUUUUAGUGCUUGACUAGUUUAUGAAUGUGUUUCAACACAAAAAGCAUCACUAACAAAGAAAAAGAUGCUCUCAAUCAUAUUAAUUUUAAAUGCAUUUCAGUCUUGACUAGUUUAUGAAUGUGUUUCAACACAAAAAGCAUCACUAACAAAGAAAAAGAUGCUCUCAAUCAUAUUAAUUUUAAAUGCAUUUCAGUCUUUAUUGUUAUGGUUCAUUGAGCAGCACUUCCCUCUAGUGGACUGUACAGACAAACAACCUGAUGUACUGUAGACAGCAUAAAACUACAUUUUGCUAGAUUAUGAAAAAAAAACAUAAUUUGACAAUCUUCUAACGUCAUGUUUGCGUUUUGUCAGUAAAAAUAUCUGAUCUUUUUUUUUUUUUGAAAGGGAAAACGAUUACUAAAGUGGCUUAGUAAAUGUUCGCCUUUCUUAUUUAGAAAGUGUGAAUCUAGUAAAGUUAUGUUUAUUGUGAACGCACUGGGUCAGCUGUCGGUUUGUAUUUACAUUCACAGAAAUGCCUUAAAACUCCAUUUAGAGACAUGGUGCACACAUUUCUCUUCUUGUAUACUUACAUUCUUGUGGUUUGGGGUUUGUUUUCUAUUUUUGUUGCUUGAUUUUUCACUUUAUUUACUACUUAAACGUUAACAUCUACUGCAGUGAUCUUUAUUUUUCUUGUUUAGCAGCUGGAACAUUUAUAACUGUAUGUUUUAAAAGUUCUUCUAAACGGUACAAGGUCUGUGAAACAGACUGCCUGCACAUCGAUGUCCGAGUCAUUUCACAACAGAGUUGUUUGCUAAUCGUUAAUGUCUGCUGUAAACACACACUGAUUUUGUUUUGUUGUAUUUGUGGUUCAGCCCAAUUAUUUUGACUCGGUUGUCUCCUGUUUAGGCCUUUUCUUAAAGGAUUAACGCAGUUGUCGUUGUGCGGUACAGUAACGCUUACUUCCCUGUUUUACGUGCUCCUUUUUGUACUUGCUCAUGUUGAGAAAUAAAUAACUCUCUGAGUCA